UUUACUAAUUUUCUUCCUUCUGAAAAACAUCAACAAAACGACCAUCAAUUACCCUCAAAACGACAACAAAAAGAUCAGAUUUUCUCGAGAAAAAAAUGUCUGCGUGCAGUAAAAUCCGAUACAUUGUUCGUCUCCGUCAAAUGCUACGGCGAUGGAGGAAGAAGGCCGCGAUAACUGCUCGUUGUCGCGUACCCUCAGAUGUACCUUCUGGUCACGUAGCUGUAAAUGUCGGUGCUCAUUCUAAAAGAUUCGUCGUACGAACAACUUAUUUAAACCAUCCAUUAUUCAAAAAAUUACUAGCGCAUGUUGAGGAGGAGUUUGGUUUUUCGAAUUCUGGUCCGUUAUAUAUACCCUGCGAUGAAUUAUUAUUCGAGGAAAUAUUAUGUUACCUAGCUCGAUACGAAUCUGAUAAAAACAACGUUGGAUGUUUCAUCAAUUUCGAAGAUUUUCAGAGAUAUUGUCAUGUUGGUAUUCGGAGUAACCUCGAUUUCUGGGCUGAUUCAAGACCUCUAUUGAAUGGAAUCUCCGAUAAAUCCAUUUGGUAAUAUUCAUACCACAGAUGAAAUUUCGAGAGUCAAUUAAAAAGAAAUUGAUCGAAAUUUCGUUAUACGAGAAUUGAGAAGAAUAAAAAAAAAAUAAGAAGAUCGGUGAUGAUUUUGACCCGGGUUCGACUCGUCCGAGUUAGUUUUACUAAUUGAGGGAAUUAUUCUUUUGCUUAUCGGAAAUAAAAUUUACUGGUAAGUUUAAAGGUUUAUUCAUCGUGUACUAAAUUGUUACAUUAUUAGUGUAAUUUUAACUUGUUAUAAUAGUUAACUUGUUUUAUUUUUCAAGUUAUUACUUCGCUUUUCAUGAACAGUUAUUUACAGUUAUCUGAUAAAUGUAAAUAAUUGUUUGUGUCUUGUGGAAUCAGUAACAUGAGAGAUAAAACAAUUAACAUAUUGUGGCAAGGAAAUUUAUACUAAUAGUAUAAGAAUUAUUUACACGAUUAAUUAAACAAUAUUUAAUCCUUUUCUAUAUAUAUUCUUUUUAAAAAUGAAUCGAGAUGAAAUAAUUGAGUUACGAGUCAAAAGUAUACUCCGGAGAAUGUGAUUGGAGAUGGCAAAACGGUGGGCGGGUCGUUUUUUACCACUGAGUCGUCCCGGGUUGGACUCGGAGUGAAAUUCAACAACACAAGAGACAAAUUAAUAAGUAGUGUGAUUACUCCUAUUAAUUAAUGGAUUAUCGCUAUUAGCUUAUUGUAAAUUUUUAUUUUUAUGUAACAUGAUUAUUGUUGAUUUGAUGAAUCAAAAAAUUGUAGAGAAAAUUUAUUCGAAA